AUGCAUUCUCUCGUCUUUCGUUCCAUCCAUCAAUUUGGCGAUUUCCUUCCAACGUCUUUGCCUCCUCAUUCCCUCUUCUUUUUUCUUUUCAUUUUUUGCCUUUUCUAUCUUUCUUCCUUUCAUCUUCAUCUUUCCUAUUUCUUUUCAUUUCUUUCUUUUUUUUUCUUUCGUACUUAUUUUAUUUAUACCACUUUCAUCGGAAUAUCUCCUUUUUCUUUCUUCCUUCUUUCUUCCUUUUUAUAUCCAUUCUUUCUUUCUCUCUUUCUUUCUUCUUUCCUUUCUUUCUUUCUUUCUUUCACUCUUUCUUCCAUCCUUCUUUUUUCCUUCCUUUCUUUCUUUUUUUUUCUUUCUUUCUUUUUACGUUCAUUUGCUUUUUCUUACUUCCUUUUAAAUCUAGCCUAUUUUCUUUCUUUCUUUCUUUCUUUCUUUCUUUCUUUCUUUCUUCGUUGCUUUCUCUGUUUCUUCCAUUCUAAUUUUUUCUUCCUCCCUUCCUUUCUUUCUUUUUGUCUUUCUUUUACGUUCAUUUGCUUUUUCUUACUUCCAUUUAAAUCUAGCUUAUUUUUCUUUCUUUCUUUCUUUCUUUCUUUCUUACUUUCUUUCUUUCUUUCUUCGUUCCUUUCUCUCUUUCUUCCAUCCUUCUUUUUUCUUCCUUUCUUUCUUUCUUUCCUUGUUUUCUUUCAUUCUUUCUUUUUUUUCACGUUCAUUUCAUUUGUUCCCCUUUUAUCUGAAACUCUCUUUUUUCUUUCUAUCCCUUUUCUUUCUUUCCUUGAUCUUUCCACGACACCAGACGUGUUUUUUCUUCUGUCAUAUGGAUCUUUCCACCACCUCAGCCGUUUUUUUCCUUAUAUUUUUCCACCAAACCAGACGUUUUUUCUUCUGUCAUCUGGAUCUUUCCACCAAACCAGACGUUUUUUCUUCUGUCAUCUAGAUUUUUCCACCAAACCAGAUGUUUUUUCUUCUGUCAUCUGGAUCUUUCUACCACCGCAGCUGUUUCUCUCCUUCUUUCAUCUGGAUCUUUCCACUACACCAGCCGUUUUUUUUUUCUUCUAUCAUCUGGAUCUGCCUAACAACGCAGCCGUUAUUUCAUUCUGUUAUCUGGAUCUUUCCACCAACCCAGCCGUUUUUAUCUUCUGUCAUCUGGAUCUUUCCAACACUCCAGCCAGUUUUUUUUCAUCUGGAUCUUUCCAACACCCCAGCUGUUUUUUUCAUCUGGAUCCUGCCACCACUCCAACCUUUGUUUUACUUCUGUCAUCUAGAUCUUUCCACUACCCAGACGUAUUUUUCUCGGUCAUUUUUCUCGUUUUUUUUUCUCUUCUGUCAUCUGGAUCUUUCCACCAGCCCAGCCAUUUUUUUCUUCUGUCAUCUGGAUCUUCCACCACCCCAGCCAUUUUUCCUUCUGUCAUCUGGAUCUUUCCACCACACCAACCGUUUUUUUUCUCUGUCAUCUGGAUCUUUCCACCAGAACAGCCGUCUUCUCCUCUCUCAUCUGGAUCUUUCCGCCACCCCAGCCAUUUUUCCUCUGUCAUAUGGAUCUUUCCUCCACCCCAGCCGUUGUUUCACUCUAUCAUCUGGAUAUUUUCACCGCCCCAGCCGUUUUUUCUUCUGUCAUGUGGAUCUUUCCCCGUUUUUUUCUUCUAUCGUCUGGAUCUGUCCACCACCCUAGCCGUUCAACUUCUUCUGUCAUCUGGAUCUUUCCAACACCCCAGCCGCUUUUUUCUUCUGUCAUCUGGAUCUUUCCACCACACCAGCCGUUUUUUUUUCUUCUGUCAGCUGGAUCUUUCCACCACCCAAGCCAUUUUUAACACUGUCAUCUGGAUCUGUCUACCACUCCAGCCGUUCUUUUUUCUUCUGUCAUCUGGAUAUUUCAUCCGUUUUUUCUUCUGUCAUCUGGAUCUUUCCACUGCUGCAGCCGUUUUUUUCUUCUGUCAGCUGGAUCUUUCCAACACCCAAGUCGAGAGAAUUCUUCGUUUGGAUUUGACAACUGCACAUCUAACAUUUUCUCAUAUUUUUUCUGUUCUUUUUCCUACCUUACCCCACCGCCUUCUCAACAUUCGACCCCCUAUCCCGCCAUUUCUCGAAUUUGGAAAGAUUUUCUGGAAAGGAGAUGCAGAAGGAAAUUGCCUUGAUCUUUCUUCUAACUACUUCUCCCCCCUCCUCUUCUCCCUCUCCCUUUCCACUCCUGUCUGUCUGUCUUUCUCUGUCACUUUUUUUUUUUUUUAG